CGAUAUUGAAACUAAUAUCAAGUUCCGGCAGCAUCGGUAUCUGCCCACUUUUAGGCACAAUUCAAACAUGACGGACAUACUGCUUAAGAGGUUGACUAUUGUCAGUGUAUUGCUUUUGUUGAUCGUGCUUAUAACAGUGCUCUGCAUUGUGUGGACUAUGCCGGACAGUAAACAAAUAGACGCAAAUACGAAUAUAUGUCUAAAACAUAAUAACAAUAAUGUGCAAUGUGGUGAAACAACCGAGUUAUUACACGCAUUGUUUGAAAAGGAAAUUUUAUCUGCAUACAUUGAAGCUGAGACAAGGGAGAAAAAUCAGACCAAAACAUACAUUGAAGAUGCUCUGAAACACGACGUCAAAUUGAUGUCAGACUACAAAAACACGUUGUGGGACAUGAAACCUUCUGCAAAAUUAGUUGGCAUUCAUGAGAAACAAGAUCAUAUUUCAGGUAAUAAUUCAAUGACAACUGUCACAUGUUGGCGUCACGACAAAGACCUAUAUUAUACAACUGGGUUUCAGAGAUACGGAAUUAGGUUCCAAAAUGGCCGAUUAAUUGUUCCCGUAAGCGGUACUUACUACAUAUACUCGUUCCUAGGACUAACAGAACGACGUCUUACUGACGAAGGAAUUCCUUUAGAAUCAAACAAUAUGCACGAAAUAAAACAUGCAAUGCAUAAGUAUAACGUACUUGAUACUGUUGAUAUGGAAAUCGCAUCAAAUUUGCAGUCUCGUAAAAACGCUUCGCGAGGUUACUUUAAUUAUUACGCUAGUCAAAUAUCUACCUUGGCGAAGCUUCAUGCUGGUGAUGAAAUAUCAAUAAAGCUAAGCGACGUUACACUUUUAAAACACACGGGCAAUAACUACUUUGGCCUGCAUCUUAUAUGACAUCUCCGACAUUGGGGCAGCGUCCACGUCGCGUCGGAGGGAUGGAGGACCCAACAAAUGCCCCAGUUGAUCAAAUUCGAUAUACAGUAAUGUGAAAUUGGGUCUUCAAAUUAUCUUCAAAUGUUCUAGCGGGCUUGCUCGGUUUUACCUAUUACUUUUUAUUUUUAUAACGUCAUUCCAAUUAUUUUCUGCAUUAACGUCAGCUCAGUGAAAUUAAUCGUAUUGCAUUAUGAUGACUACGGACAAGCGUACUUUGCAUCAUGUGUUCCUCUUAGAGUCAGUCAAGAUAAGACGCUUCUAUAAAUUUCAUAAACUAAAAAUGAGGGAGCUUACAUAAUUAGUGCAAGGAUUGAUAGAAAAUAAAAAAUAAACUGGAAUUUUAUUUUUAAAUUUAUAACACAAAAACUGAGUGUAUGCACCUGAACUUCAUACACGCCUAAGAUCCCAGAUAUAAAUGUUGUAAAUCAUUAUUUCUUAAAAUGCUGAAUAAGCAGAAUUUAGCUUAUUUCGAAUGUGAUAUUUGUGUAUACUUUUUGAAAUAAAAAUUAUUCGAAAUAUUUUAUUACCAAGUGAAUCUGUUUUGGCAAUGUUAAUAAUGCACUCUGCUGCCUUUAACUUCUUUAACACAUCAUUGUACGUAACUUUAUGUCGCAAAACUUUCAACUGUCUAUUUUGUAUGUUUUAAGAAUUAAACUUUUAAGUCGAUAUGUACAUGUAUAACGAUGAAAUAAAAUGGCAUGCUAUUCUAUGAGAAGACGCCUUAAAAGAGUCAGAAGAACGAUAACUUUAAUGAAAAUGAUUUGAUUGCAACAAAGACUUUUAUUUCAACUUCGAGUGUAUUAUGGUUUGUUCUUUUUAUUAGUUUGCAUAUUACAAUUUCAAUUCAUUACGACGUACAUUACUCGUAUCGAGCGUAAAUCAUAAAUGAUACUAUUAAACAAUAUAGCUAUUCA